AUGGAAAGGAGCAAAUUAAUUAUAAUUUCAGUCGUAGUUACAUUGAUUUGUUGUUUAGGGGUUGUGCAGGGGUUCACGUAUGACGACAAGGAGGUUCAUACGGAGAAGGGGAGGGCGGCUAUGUUUGAAAGAUGGAGGAGCCACCACAAGUUGGAGGAAAUAAGCGUGGAAGCCAAAAAGAAGCAGUACAAGACGUUCAAGUCUAGACUGGAACAUGUUCACAAGACAAACAAGGCCAACUUGGGAUUUAAGUUGGAGCUGAACAGGUUUGCAGGGAUGACUCUCGAAGAGAUACAUAGCAAGUUUACUGGAUUGAAGGGUGCACCGCCGAAUUCUUGCCCUGCAAAAGAUAACUGCCGUCCUUGCCCGCCAAAUGACAGCGGUUGCCCGGGCGGUUGUUGCCCAGCGAAGAACAAUUGUUGUCCUGGGGGUUGUUGCCCGGCAAAGGAUGGUGGUUGCCCGGGCGGCUGCUGCCCGGCGAAGGACGGUGGUUGCCCAGGCGGUUGUUGUCCGGCACUGGAAAGUUGUUGCCCCGGCGGCAGUUGUCCGGCAAAAGACAGCGGUGGUUGUCCGGGGGGUUGUUGCCCCGGCGGCAGUUGUCCGGGGGGUUGUUGCCCCGCAAAGGAUGGUGGUUGCCCGGACGGCUGCUGCCCGGCGAAGGACGGUGGUUGCCCAGGCGGUUGUUGUCCGGCACUGGAAAGCUGUUGCCCCGGCGGCAGUUGUCCGGCAAAAGACAGCGGUUGUCCAGGAGGCAGUUGCCCAGCACAAGACAGCAGUUGCGCUGACGGUGGUUGCCCGGCAAAAGACAGCGGUUGCCAGGGAGGCAGUUGCCCAGCACAAGACAGCGGUUGCCCUGGCGGUGGUUGCCCGGCAAAAGAUAGCGGUUGCCCAGGCGGCGGUUGCCCGGCGAAGGACAGCGGUUGCCCCGGAGGCGGUUGCCCUGCAAAAGAUACCGAAACUAUUUUCAAACCAAUAGAUAACACGGGCGGCGGUUGUCCGGGCGGCAGUUGCCCGGCGAAGGAUGGCGGUUGCCCAGGAGGUAGUUGCCCGGCAAAUGAUGGAGGUUGCCCAGGUGGCGGUUGUCCGGCGAAGGAUGGAGGUUGCCCAGGCGGCAGUUGCCCGGCGAAGGAUGGCGGUUGUCCAGGCGGUAGUUGCCCGGCGAACGACGGCGGAUGCCCGGGUGGUAGUUGCCCGGCGAAGGACGGCGGAUGCUCGGGUGGCAGUUGCCCAGCGAACGACGGUGGUAGCCCUGGCGGUAGUUGCCCGGCGAAGGACGGCGGAUGUUCGGGCGGCAGUUGCCCUGCGAAGGACAGCGGAUGCCCGGGCGGUAGUUGCCCAGCGAAGGACGGCGGAUGCCCAGGCGGCGGUUGCCCGGCAAAGGAUGGCGGUUGCCCGGGCGGCAGUUGCCCGGCGAAUGACGGCGGUUGCCGGGCGGCAGUUGCCCGGCGAAGGACGGCGGUUGCCCGGGCGGCAGUUGCCCGGCGAAGGACGGCGGUUGCCCGGGCGGCAGUUGCCCGGCGAAUGACGGCGGUUGCUCGGGCGGCAGUUGCCCGGCGAAGGACGGCGGUUGCCCGGCGAAUGACGGCGGUUGCCCGGGCGGCAGUUGCCCAGCGAAGGACGGCGGUUGCCCGGGCGGCAGUUGCCCGGCUAAGGAUGGAGGUUGCCCGGGCGGCAAUUGCCCCGCGAAGGACGGUGGUUGCCCGGGCGGUAGUUGCCCAGCGAAAGAUGGUGGUUGCCCAGGCGGCAGUUGUCCAGCAAAGGACGGCGGUUGCCCAGGCGGUAGUUGCCCUGCAAAGGACGGUGGUUGCCCAGGUGGCGGUUGUCCAGCGAAGGACGGCGGUUGCCCAGCAAAAGACGGCAGAGAGGCUACUGCAAGUAAGGACAACUGGUAUUGGGAUUUCAAGUAUCGUAAUGUCACUGACGUCCCUGCCGAGAUGGACUGGAGAAACCAUAACGCCGUUACCCGUGUGA